GAAUACCGAUACGCGUCAAUUGCACAGCGAACCGAUCCCGUUCCUGCAGGUUGGACGCGUCAACUGCUGCGUGGAAAGAGGCGUUCGAUAGAUAUGCCGCCUUUAAAUUAUUCCCUCCGGAGAUGUUCUCCGCCAACGCCUUUGUUCUUCUGCUACUUACCACUGCGGGAUACAACGCAGCGUCGAUGUGCACUGUAUGGUGUCGAUGCAGGCCAUUUUUGGACGGGACCCACCUCCCUCCCCUAUCGACCGCUCGAACCCUGUUUUCAACCAAUCACAAACUGGUUUUUAGUGUUCUUGCUCGUCCCCAUGGGUAUGAGGGGGCGAGAGUGUUUAGUCUUCACGUUCGCCCCCCUCUUCCUCCUCUCUUUCCUUCACUCUUCACUCCCGUUCCCAAAAAACAAUUCACUCUUACUCACAUACCAAAACACUCUCACAUCCUUAAGCGUCCCUGCCCUCUCUUUAUCCCCAUCCUCAUCCUCAUGAGCUCCUCCUUUUGUCGAGACCCAGAGGGCUGGGGUCCUACGAGCCAUGAGCGAGCAGAUCUGACCCUUUGCUUCGAGUCGACGUAAGUAGCUCUGUCAACAUUAACUGGUCUCUCCUCGUACUUUUCGUUGAAUCGAAUAGCCAGGCAUCUUAUCGCUCAUAAGAAAAAAGAAAUGUAGAUAGCUAUUCCUGCGUGCUUGCUUGCUUGCCUUUGUGUUGUUGUUGAUUUGUGGGAA